AUGAUUGCCUGGAUCCUCCGUUUUUCAAAUAACUCACUUAAAAGAAAUAAGAAAAUUGAAGGUGAACUAUUAGUUACUGAAUUAGAAAUUGCAGAAAAGAAACUUGUAAAAUUUAUUCAACAAGACCAUUUUAAGCAAAGUGAAUGUCAUAAACAGCUGAAAUCGCUUUGUACCUUUCAUGAUGAUGACGGACUUUUUAGACUCAAGACCAAGAUCAUAAGACGUCAAGAUGAAGAAAACUUCUUGUGUCCAAUCAUUCUCCCAUCUAAUAAUGAUGUAGUCAACAAACUCAUCCAUGAACGUCAUUUAAAACUCUCACAUGCUGGAACUCAGGUUGUAUUGACGAAUAUUAGGCAGCAAUUCUGGAUUUUAAGAGGCAGAAAAACUGUGCAACGUGAAAUAGCGAAAUGUGUCCGGUGCAGGAGGCAUGCUGCUAAAGGAGUUGAAUCUAUUCCUACUUCACUACCAGAAGAUGGAACCAGGGAUACUUUAGUCUUUGAGGUAAUUGGAAUAGAUCUGGCAGGACCGUUGUACAUGAAGACUGGGGAAAAAUUGUGGAUUCUACUAUUCACCUGCGCGGUGUAUUGUGCUAUUCACCUUGAGCUACUAAAAAAUGUGUCCACAAACUGUUUCCUUUUAGACUUAAGAAGAUUCAUAGCUCGCGAUGGGUGGCCUAGAAUAAUAUAUAGCGACAACGGAAGCAAUUUUCUUGGAGCCUCGAUUCUUAUAAAAAGUCUCAACUGGGAUCAAAUAAUUCGUGACACUUCAAUCUACAGAAUACAAUGGAAAUUUAAUCCACCAGCUGCACCAUGGUGGGGCGAUGAUCCAAGAGAUUUGGUUCCCCUAUGUCCAUCUUUGUUCAUUCAGGAUAUUCCAACUGUUGGUGUCCCAGAUUUGGAUCAUUUGGAUGAUGUUAAUAUUUCAAAAAGGUUGAGAUACCAGCUAGGGCUACGUAAAGAAUUCCGAAGACUAUUCCGAGAUGAAUAUCUCAGUCUUUUAGUGCAGUCACCUUGUGAUAAUAAGAAGAGAAUGGAUUGGUCACUUGGACGAAUUAUUGAAGUUUUUCCUGGACAUGAUAAUUUCAUUUGUGUGGUUAAAGUUAAAACUGCGAAUGGAGAAUUGACACGACCUGUUAAAAAUAUAUACCCCUUAGAGAUUUCAUGUAGUAAUGAACUGUGCGAGAAAGUAGACAUUACCAAAACUGAGUCUGUGGCACCUGAAGUUGUUGUCAAUCAAGACUCUGAUACAACUCAGACUGUUGCUCCUAGAAUUGUGGUCGCUCCAGACUCUGAUUCCAAGAAUGAUCAAACUAGGUGCGGAAGAAGAAUUAGACUUCCAAAACGUUAUGAUAACUAA